CCUAAUCGCUCAUUGGUUAGCGAAUACCUUGUAGAUGAAGGAACGGCGCCCAGCAUUACCAACGUGCAUUGUCCAGAGUACUGUGUAGCAGAACAUUCAGAGCAAAUCUUUUGUCGCCAAAGUCGAAAGAAACCAUGCAGUUUGUCGGGCGGAGGUUUGGUUGGACUGAUCAGAGCUCCGUGGACCUGUUCGGGGACCGCUCGGAGACAGAGACCUUGUCCCAGGCACUCAGCACGGCGGCGGCAGACGAGGCAGAUGCCGAUGGCAGUGUGCUGUUUGGGACCCUACGGGGCAAUGUGGUGGGGCUGAAGUACUACACUGGCGUGGUGAACGCAGGGGAGAUGGUGUCCCUGGUGCGCCAGCCUCAGAAUCAGUACGACCGCAAUGCUGUGAUGGUGGUCAAUGUGUACGGCAGCCAGGUGGGCCACAUCAAGAGAGAGCUGGCCGCAGCCAUGGCCACCAUCAUGGACAACAACUUGGCCAAAGUAGAAGGGAUGGUGCCGUCAGGGAUGAAUAAUGCGUUCACCAUGCCAGUGCUGCUGUCCUUCUGGGGAAAGGAAGAGAGUAAAGACCAAGUUGUAGGACAGCUGGGACGACAUAGAUACAAACUGGGGCCCCCAGACUCCAAAAGAAUCAUGGUACCAGGCAAUAGCAGUCAGGGACUCUAUGGUCCAGCCAGGAAGUCCACAGCUAUCCCUCUGACUGCUAAAGAGCUGAAGAACGCAUUUGACAGUCUCUUUGAGGACCUGAUGGAGGUCAAGAAUGGAGAGAUAGAAGCUGCUGAUGCCGUGUGCACUCCUCUACUGCCCCACCAGAAGCAAGCUCUAGCCUGGAUGUGUGCGUGUGAGAACAACUCCGCCUUGCCCCCCUUCUGGGAGGAGAGGGGAGGCCUUUUCUUCAACACCCUCACCUGCUUCUCCGUCAGAGAGAGACCCCAGAGGACCAGGGGAGGCAUCCUGGCAGAUGACAUGGGGCUGGGAAAGACUCUGACCACCAUUGCUCUGAUCCUCUCCAACUUUCACCAUGGGAAACCUCUGCCCCUGGGCAGAUGUCGGAAGUACUCCAGUGACUCCAAACCUGGCAUCACAGAGAAGAGCCCCAAACCAGAAAAGUGUGCUCCAAAGAGUGGAGAAGGGGCUCACAAAGAAGGGUCUGGUUCAUCAGUGAACCCUCGCUCUGACAGUCAACAGAAGACGGUGUGUUGGGAAUCAAUUGAUUUUAUGAAGGAGUUGGAGGCGCCCCCACUGCAAAAGAAAGCCAAAUCAAAAGGACGGGGCACAGCCUCGCAGUCGAAGAAAGGGGUAUCCAGUGUCCAUCUGCCUGUGAUGGAUGGUACCGAGAACUCGGGAGCCAGAGCCACUCUUAUCAUCUGCCCGCUGUCUGUUCUUAGUAACUGGCUGGACCAGUUUGAGCAACAUGUGCGUGGGGACGUGGAGCCGCGCGUGUAUCUGUACUAUGGCUCAGAGCGCAGCAGGGACACAAGCUUCCUGUCUGCACAGGAUGUGGUGCUGACCACGUACAACGUGCUGUCAGCUGACCAUGGGGGUACCAGUCCCCUCCAUGUAGUCAAUUGGCUCAGGGUGGUCCUAGAUGAGGGCCAUGUCAUAAGGAACCCCAAUGCCCAGCAGAGCAAGGCUGUCCUGGCCUUGAACGCUCACCGACGCUGGAUACUCUCAGGCACUCCUAUUCAGAACAGUGUGAAGGACCUGUGGAUGCUGCUGGCGUUCUUGCGUCUGAAGCCGUUUGAUGUGAAGGAGUGGUGGACCAGAGUGAUCCAGAGACCUGUCACCCAGGGAGACCAGGAGGGCCUGGUGAACCUGCAGACCCUGGUGAAGUGCAUAACUCUGCGUCGCACCAAGAACAGUGAGGUGGCAGGGCGCCCCCUGGUGGUCCUGCCCCAGAAGAAGGUGUGUGUGGAGUACGUCACACUCUCCCAGAGAGAGAGGGAGGAGUACGAGCUGGCUCGGACGCAGGGAAGGACUACCAUCAGCAGGUAUGUAGCAGACGGGACAGUUUUGAAGAACUAUGCUGACGUGCUGGCCAUUCUGGUUAGACUUCGCCAACACUGCUGUCACUGUGAUCUACUGCCCAAGACCUCCUCAGACAACGGCCUGGCUGCGACCCCUGCAGAGCUCAGAGAGCGUCUGGUCCAGAGGCUGCGGCUGGUUCUGGCCAGCGGCUCUGACGAGGAGUGUCCCGUGUGUCUGGACUCGGUGCGUCUGCCCGUCAUCACGCACUGUGCCCACGUGUACUGUAGAGCCUGCAUUGCCCAGGUCAUCUCCAGUGAGCAGGAACAGGCUUGUUGUCCUCUAUGUCGAGGUCAGAUUAGGAGCAGUGAGCUGGUGGAGUUUGUCCCUGAGGAGCUAGAGGAGGAUAACUCGCCCAAGCCACAUGCCUGGAGGAGCAGCACUAAGGUGGAGGCGCUGAUGUCCAACCUGCUUGCUCUGCGCGAGUCAGACAGCAGCAUCAAGAGUCUGGUGGUCUCCCAGUUCACAUGCUUCCUCAACCUGCUGGAGGUCCCACUUAGGGAGCAUGGCUUCAGCUACGUACGUCUGGACGGCUCCCUGAGCCAGAAGAGGAGGGCCCAGGUCAUCCAGGAGUUCCAGAGCUCCGCCCCUGACAGUCCAUUGGUCAUGCUUCUGUCACUCAAAGCCGGUGGGGUGGGACUUAACCUGACCGCCGCCUCCCAGGUCUUCAUGAUGGACCCAGCGUGGAACCCUGCAGCCGAGGAUCAGUGUGUGGACCGCUGUUACCGUCUAGGUCAGAAGAGAGACGUGACCGUCACUAAGUUCAUAGUAAGGAACUCUGUGGAGGAGAACAUGGUGGAAAUCCAGAGGCGGAAGAAGGAUCUGGUGGAGAAGACCUUUGGCUCCGAGAAGCCAGCUGACAGCAAGACGUCUCGCAUCGACCACAUCAGAGCCCUGAUGGAACUGUAGCCACGCCGCUUUCCACCAAUCAGCUCCCUCGGAUCUGAGUGGACGCUGGUUAGUACCAAUGGUUGGACAGUCAAGUCUGCAGGCCCGUCGUUUUCUGAGAUCCCAGACUCGUUUUCUGUGAAGCACCCAGUUUGUCAACAUUUCGACGAGUUUCAAAGGAGUUCUCUGCUGUGAUAGGAAUCUGGGGGUCAUCCUGUUCAGCCCCUGGUUUGCACAAUGUGUUCAUGCUAGCGGUGUCACUUCAGAUCACAGUGAAGGCCAGGAAGCUAUCAUUCCCUUGAAGAAUGUUGAUUUGCGCAUUGCUUAAUUGGGUCUUUUGUUCUGAAUUUGAGUUUGCUGUUAAAGUAUUUCCUGUUUCUGUUUUGGAAGUGUCUGGUCAAAUGCACAAAUGUGUAAUCUGUGUGUUAAGCAUGUUGUGAACACAGCUCCCUGACAUGUCUACAUGUGGGCCUGGUGGUCA